AUGGAUUCGAAAUGGCUUCUUUCUCGUGUACCGGAUGAGAAAGGUCGGUUUGAAAUUGAGUUGGAAUUCGUCCAGAUGUUAUCGAAUCCUUGGUAUUUAAACUUUCUUGCUCAACAUAAAUACUUUGAGGACGAAAGUUUCCUGCAGUAUCUAGAAUAUUUGGAAUACUGGAGGGAACCUGAAUAUGUCAAAUUUAUCAUUUAUCCCACCUGCUUGCAUAUGCUGACUCUCUUAAAAAAUCCUCAGUUUCGAAUUGAUAUAUCUCGAGCAGACUUGUCUAAGCAGGUAAACGACGAAAUGUAUUUUGAAUGGCUUGCAAAAGGUGGCUAUCAAAAUCCCAAUCCCAUUCCAUAA